AUGCCUGUGGUUCUACGCUCUUCACCCCUUCUGUGGGUGCGUGUGGUUGCCAUGGUGUUCUCUUGUGUGGCGUUCAGUUGUGCACUACACGGCGGGGCACUGACUCACGGCACAGGCGACUGGUGUGUGUUCUGCUGGAGCUUCAGCUUUGCUGGGACACUGCUAGUGCUACUGGUGGAGCUUUUUGGCCUCCAGACACGAGCACCCGUCUCCUGGAAGAACUUCCCCAUCACCUUUGCCUGCUUCGCGUUGCUCUUCUGCCUUUCCGCCUCCAUUAUCUUCCCUCUGUAUUUUCUCAAAGGGUACGCAGGCCGUAAGGAAAUCCAAGACUAUCGCAUCGUGUCAACGGUCUUCUCCUGUCUGGCCACCAUCGCCUACCUGAGUGAGGUGAGCCUGAGCAAGGCGCGGCCGGGAGAGGUGGCCGGCUACAUGGCCACGGCACCGGGUCUGCUGAAGGUGUGCGAGACCUUCGUGGCCUGCGUCAUCUUUGUCUUCAUCAGUGAACCGGUGUCUUACGAUAGGGUCGUUGCGCUCAAGUGGUGCCUGGCCGUUUACUGCAUUUGCUUCAUCCUGUCGGCAGCCGUUAUCAUACUGUGUGUCUUGGAAUGCACGGGCUGUCUGCCCUUUCCCUUUGCCCGCUUCCUGUCUGCCUACGUCCUUUUGGGCGUGAUUCUGUACAUGUCAGCCACCGUCCUGUGGCCGCUCUAUCAGUUCAACGAUGAUAUGGGGGGAAGGAGCCAUAGGCCUAGUGACUGUGCAUCUUCCGUAGGACUUUGCCCUUGGGAUAAAAGGAUGGCUGUGGCUAUCCUUACUGCCCUGAACUUAAUUUUGUAUCUGGCCGAUAUGAUCUACUCUGCAAGGCUGGUCUUUGUGACUGUUUGA